UUUGUGGUACGUACCAGCACAACAUAGUGUACUACAACAUUGGAAUUGUACUAACACAUAUUUUUGAGUCCUAUAUUGCUUUGCAAAUUACAAAAAGGUUGACCUUUAUCUUAAAGCCUCACUCUUGCCACACUCCUCAGAAACCAUGGCUUCAUUGGGGUUACAAAAUGUGGCUGGCAUCAAUCUUCUUUUCAAAGAGGGUCCAAAAGUCAAUGCAAAGUUUGAGCUGAAGCCGCCACCGUAUCCACUGAAUGGUUUGGAGCCUGUGAUGAGCCAGCAGACACUCGAGUUUCACUGGGGGAAGCACCACAGGACUUAUGUGGAAAAUCUGAAAAAACAAGUUGUUGGGACAGAGCUUGAUGGGAAGUCACUGGAAGAGAUUAUAGUCACUGCAUACAAUAAGGGUGACAUUCUUCCAGCUUUCAACAAUGCAGCACAGGUAUGGAACCAUGACUUCUUCUGGGAGUGCAUGAAACCAGGUGGAGGUGGAAAACCAUCUGGGGAACUUCUAGAACUCAUUGAAAGAGACUUUGGUUCAUUUGAAAAAUUCCUUGAUGAGUUUAAGGCUGCUGCUGCAACACAAUUCGGUUCAGGAUGGGCCUGGCUUGCAUAUAAAGCAAGCAAACUUGAUGGGGAAAAUGCUGCAAAUCCUCCUUCAGCUGAUGAGGAUAACAAGCUAGUGGUGAUCAAGAGUCCCAAUGCUGUGAACCCCCUUGUUUGGGGAGGUUAUUAUCCACUUCUUACCAUUGAUGUUUGGGAGGUAUGUAAUAAACAAAAUAGUUUUCUGUUUGUUACCGAUGAAACAACUUGCACACACAAGCUUUGUAACAGUCAUCAAUACCAAAUUGCUAACUGUGUAAUCUUUUUUCUCAUUUUUGUGCAGCAUGCUUACUACCUUGAUUUUCAGAACCGGCGUCCUGAUUAUAUAUCAGUGUUCAUGGAUAAGCUUGUUUCCUGGGAUGCAGUGAGUUCUAGACUUGAACAAGCUAAGGCUUUAAGUGCAUGAUGUUGACUUGGAUGGUGUGAUGUUCAAUGAGUGAAAUAUUUCUAUCUAGAUAAUGUAAUGUGUUGCCCUUUAGAUACAUGUGGUAUCAGGGUUAAAUCUCUUCAGCCUGCAGAUUAUGUUCUAUGCUCUGAAAUCUUAUUUAUGGUUAUCUUUCACUUUGUAAUAAUAAGGUUGUUUAUGCAUAAACAAUCAGUAGAACAAUAUUAUGAUGUACAACUUUUUCCCAGAACUUACAUGGAACCUUCUCUUUUCUUUUCAUGAGCA